UUCAGCAAGCCACGGAUUCAAUGAGAGAGCCUCAGCCUUGCGAACUGGAACGGGUUCACCCUCUUUGCAUCGAAAGCAUAUCCUUCAGCUCAGAACUUGAAGCUACUCAUGCAACAAUACCCCGGCCCGCACGUGGCUGGCGGAAGACUAGCUAGGAAUGGGCUAGUGAAGCCUAUGUUGGGUGAAGCUGAACCAAACUUUCGGCCACUCCAGAUGCACGAGCAUGCCAAUUGUAGAAGUCGUAGAAGCGAGGAGGUCCUCUUAGCUGGAUGCCAAACGAUGAAAUGCUGCCGCGUCGUCUACCGUCGGGCUUCGCGGGUUGCUUGCUGGCACAUGCUGGAGGUUUUCGUUGUCGUAGAAACAACGCCGUCUGCUGCAAGCUGGACGCUCCGAAGUGGAACGCGCGUUACUUGAGCUUGUACUGCGCUGGCUGGCGACUGUUCUUGCACUCCUUGAGAUUGGUGAGAGCGAAGUCAGGUUUCGCUGACGAAUUGUGGGUUCCAAGCUCCUGGAUGCUCGCGGAGUAUUGCCAACAUCCUGCACGAGAGCGAAGUCGAAGCUGUUGCACUUGGCUUUCACACUUGCUACCGUUUUGCCGUGCACGUGACGAGCGUCCGCGUGGAUUUCCCCCUGGCUGGACUGUCAACGGGGUGAAGACGGGCCGAUGGCUGCAUCUGUGAGGCGCCAUUUGCGCGAUUUGACGUGCAUCAGCCGCGCUGGGGUGUUGGCAGGCCAUGAACAACGUCUAGCGAUUGUUCGGCUGAGAUGUUCAAUGUCGAGCUGCUCCCAUGGGUA